AUGGCCAUAUUUGUAUUUGCAGAAACUGCAGAAGGAAAAUAUAAAAAAGCAGCGAUAGAAGCUGUAUCAUAUGCCAAAGCCGUUGCCGAUAAGGCCGGCGAUUCGGUUACCGCCAUUGCAUUCAAUGCCACCGAUCCGUCGGAUGUGUUGUAUAAAUACGGUGCUACCAAAGUUUUAAAAGUAAACAAUCCCGCAUUGGCUAUUUUUACGCCCGAUGCUUACGCCAAAGCCAUUGCCCAAUUGGUGGGAGACGCCUCCACGGUAAUAUUAACCCACACCAAUGAUGGAGGAACUUUUGCGCCCUUAUUGGCGGUGGCUUUAGAUGCCAACAUUGUAUCCAAUGUAACGGCAGCCCCUGAAUCGGUGAGUCCUUUUGUGGUUGAGCGUAAAUCGUAUUCAGGAAAAGGAAUCAUGGUGGUUCAGGCCGAAGGCAAAAACGUAAUUACGGUAUUGCAAGGGUCUUUUGGCGUAAUCGAAAGCGCCGUAUCGGGUAGCGAAGAAACGGUUUCUGUGGAUGUUCAAUCCAAAUUAACCGCUGAAAAUCAAGCGGCCCAAAGUGCGAAAAUCAAUCUGAUUGAAGCCGAACGUGUGGUAUCGGCUGGUAGAGGGAUGAAAGCCCCUGAGAACUGGGGUAUGAUUGAAGAGUUGGCCGAUGUAUUGGGCGCUGCUACCGCUUGUUCUAAGCCUUGUUCGGAUAUUGGUUGGAGACCCCAUUCUGAACACGUGGGUCAAACUGGAAAAGCCAUUUCUCCAGAUUUGUACAUUGCAGUGGGCAUCUCUGGAGCCAUCCAACAUUUGGCUGGAGUGGGUACUUCUAGGGUGAUUGUAGUAAUCAACAGCGAUCCAGAAGCGCCAUUCUUUAAAGCCGCCGAUUAUGGAGUAGUAGGAGAUGCAUUCCAAGUGGUUCCUGCGCUUAUUCAAAAAAUAAAAGCGUUUAAAGGCGUAUAG